CACCAACUCUUCACAGUCCUUCACAUUUCUGCUCUCCUUGCUUCUUGGCGGAGCCUCCAACGUUCCUCACCCCACACCCCCCCCACCACAAUAUAUACGUACAGCUUUUACAUACAUUCUUCUCUCUCUAGCUUCUCUUCUUGAUCUGAGAACAAGAUGCAGAGCUCGGCGAUUGCAUUCUCGCCUUCUCUCUCUCUUUCUACUAGUCCUCGCAAGCUCUCCGCUCGUGGGUUCAACCCCCUCCCUGUCUCGCCCCCGGCUCAGCAUCGUUUCAGCAAUGGGCCUGCUUUGUUUGCGUCGACCCGGAGAGUGAGCCCGAUUACCUGCUCGCUGAAGCAGAGUGGGUGGAUUUCCGGCCCGAAUCCUGCGGUCCCGGAGCCUGAAUCUGAUGGAGUUGUCGUCAGGGCUACAGCGGAGAGUGCUGGCGCGGCGGAGACACCGGGAUCGAAGAGCUUCGCUGAUACGUUGGUGCUUGGGACGCUGUUCGGGCUUUGGUACCUUUUCAAUAUCUACUUUAAUAUCUACAACAAGCAGGUUCUCAAAGCUUUUCACUACCCAAUGACGGUCACCCUUGUUCAAUUUGCUGUUGGAACUGUGCUUGUUGUUUUCAUGUGGACCUUCAAUCUCUACAAGCGGCCUAAAAUCAGCGGUGGCCAGCUUGCCGCAAUUCUUCCACUGGCAUUGGUGCAUACCUUAGGCAACCUGUUCACCAAUAUGAGUCUCGGGAAAGUUGCUGUUUCAUUCACCCACACAAUUAAAGCUAUGGAGCCUUUCUUCUCAGUUGUUCUCUCUGCUAUGUUUCUAGGGGAGUUUCCCACGCCAUGGGUAGUUUCCUCUCUUUUACCAAUUGUUGGUGGAGUAGCUUUGGCAUCAAUGACUGAGGCCUCCUUUAAUUGGGCUGGGUUUUGGAGUGCUAUGGCAUCAAAUCUAACAAAUCAAUCUCGCAAUGUGCUUAGCAAAAAGUUUAUGGUUAAGAAGGAGGAAUCCCUGGACAACAUUACUCUUUUCUCAAUAAUUACUAUUAUGUCCUUCUUCUUGAUGGCGCCUGUUGCCAUUUUCGUGGAAGGCGUCAAGUUUACACCUUCACACCUUCAGGCUGCUGGGUUGAAUGUCAAGCAGCUUUACACUAGGUCUCUCCUAGCAGCUCUCUGCUUUCAUGCAUAUCAGCAGGUCUCUUACAUGAUAUUGCAGCGCGUAUCUCCUGUAACCCAUUCCGUCGGCAACUGUGUUAAGAGGGUGGUCGUGAUUGUCACCUCUGUCCUCUUCUUCCGCACACCCGUUUCACCUAUCAACUCUCUAGGUACUGGAAUAGCCCUUGCUGGAGUGUUCUUGUACUCCAGAGUCAAGCGGAUUAAGCCAAAGCCAAAGACGGCUUGAAGUUCUUAAUGUUUAGAACAAAAUUUUGUUGAUGAUCUUAUGUUGUUAGACUAGAAAAAAACCAUUGUUGUUAAAACUUCUUGUUGUAUGUUAGCUCAGAACAUGGGAUUUUUCUGGGAUUGUUGCCUGUCUUGGUUAUUACUUGUCCUCUCAAACAUUCUUUCAUGGAUACCCAUAAAUUUGUAGUUGCAAGGUUGAUGAUCUCA